AUGGGCCUCUCACGCCACCCCACCCUUCCCUACAUAUCUACCUUCUUCGGCACCAUCUGCCUUGGCUUCGGGAUAACCUACAUGCUAUAUCCACGUAUAGGCUACUCGCUGUACGGCUUCACAUCCUCGCCCACCAACGCGCUCGACUGGGCGGUCAUGGAGCGCGUCAUGGUCCUGUACGGCGCCAAGGAUGUCUUCAUCGCGGCGGCGAUCUACAGUUCGACGUGGUUUGGGACGCGCAGGAGCGCAGGGCUAAUUAUGUUGGCGGCGGGAUUUUGUGCCGGGGUGGAUGGUACACCAAGGGAGUCACUGAGCACGUCGCCACGGUGA